GUCAGGCCCCGCCCAUAGCUCGAGACCACGCCCUCUUCGCUCUCAGGCCACGCCCUCAACCUGGGGUUUGGUUUUUUUUUUUCUCCCCCACCGUCGCCCUCGAGGCCUGCAGCGGCGCAUGCGCCGGGCGAGCGGGUUUUCAGAUAUCACCUCCCCUUCCUACUCGUGGCUAAGAAGGUGAAAGCAGUGAACUUGCUGGUGGCAGCGUGGAGCAGUGAGGGUCCCACACACAGAGCUGGUUACCUGAUGCCAGCAGUCCAGAGACAAGUGUUCCAUCUUCGGGCCUCUAUGUCAUAAUGGACUUUCCCGGAAUUGGUUUCUUCACUGCCUAAAAUGAGACAUUUUUUGCCAUCAGUGGAAAUUUGCCUGUAAUUCAUUUUCCUCACUGCAGUAUUGAGAAUUAUACCAAACGGAAAAGAUAUGAAUGAAUAUCCUAAAAAAAGAAAAAGGAAGACUUUACAUCCUUCUCGUUAUUCAGAUUCUUCUGGAAUAAGCAGAAUCACAGAUGGAGUCAGUGGAAUCUUUUCUGAUCAUUGUUACAGUGUCUGCUCCAUGAGACAGCCAGACUUAAAAUACUUUGACAACAAAGAUGAUGAUUCUGAUCCUGAGACAUCAAAUGACUUGCCCAAAUUUACAGAUGGAACUAAGGCCAGAAAUAGGAAUCAGAACUACUUGGUUCCCAGUCCGGUGCUUAGAAUUCUAGACCACACUGUCUUUUCCACAGAAAAGUCUGCUGAUGUUGAAGUUUGUGAUGAAGAGUGUGACUCACCUGAGUCAGUGCAUCAGCAUACUCAAGAGGAAAGCCCUAUAGAGGUUCACACCUCAGAGGACGUCCCAAUUGCUGUAGAAGUUCAUGCGAUUUCUGAAGAUUAUGAUAUAGAGGCAGAGAACAAUUCCUCCGAGAGCCUCCAAGACCAGACUGAUGAAGAACCACCAGCUAAACUCUGCAAAAUACUUGACAAGAGCCAAGCUUUGAAUGUGACUGCCCAACAGAAGUGGCCUUUACUGAGAGCCAACAGCAGUGGCCUGUACAAGUGUGAACUCUGUGAAUUCAACAGUAAGUAUUUUUCUGACCUAAAGCAGCACAUGAUCCUGAAACACAAACGCACUGACUCAAAUGUGUGUCGAGUGUGCAAGGAAAGCUUUUCUACCAAUAUGCUUCUCAUUGAACAUGCCAAACUUCAUGAAGACCCCCCCUACAUCUGUAAGUACUGUGACUAUAAGACAGUGAUCUUUGAGAACCUCAGCCAGCACAUUGCAGACACCCACUUCAGCGACCACCUGUACUGGUGUGAGCAGUGUGAUGUGCAGUUCUCCUCGAGCAGUGAGCUCUACCUGCACUUCCAGGAGCACAGCCGCGAUGAGCAGUACCUGUGCCAGUUCUGUGAGCACGAGACAGGGGACCCUGAGGACCUGCACAGCCACGUGGUCAAUGAGCAUGCUCGAAGACUGAUCGAGCUGAGUGACAAGUGCAGCGGUGGUGGGCAUGGGCAGUGCAGCCUUCUAAGCAAGAUCACCUUUGACAAAUGCAAAAACUUCUUCGUGUGUCAAGUCUGUGGAUUCCGGAGCAGACUUCACACAAAUGUGAACAGACACGUUGCCAUCGAGCAUACUAAAAUAUUCCCUCAUGUUUGUGAUGACUGUGGGAAGGGCUUUUCCAGCAUGUUAGAAUAUUGCAAGCAUCUAAAUUCACAUAUAUCCGAAGGGAUUUAUUUAUGCCAAUAUUGUGAAUAUUCAACAGGACAAAUUGAAGAUCUUAAAAUUCAUCUUGAUUUCAAGCAUUCAGCUGACUUGCCUCAUAAAUGCAGUGACUGCCUGAUGAGGUUUGGGAAUGAAAGGGAAUUAAUCAGUCACCUUCCAGUCCACGAGACUACCUGACUGUUAUCUUUACGUAAUGUUUAUGUAAAAUAAUAAAUUCUUUUUAAAUGUUAAAGUGGGUGAUCUGAAACACAGCCUGUAUAAUCUGCCUUUGACAAGUUUUUUGACUGUUUUCUGGCAUUACUGCAUUUUUCAGUAUAUAAUUAUACUUAAUGGCGGUGUUUUCAAUUGCAUGA